AUGGGUGACAGUGAUAGACUUGUUAAAAUGGAAAUCGAUUAUUCAUCUGUUGUUGAUCAAAAACUUAAAGAAUGUGAUGAAAUAAUGAAAGAUGAAACAAAAUUGAACGAAGUUCUCGAUCGUCUAUUACCACUUGAAAAGCAAACUCGAACUGCUGCUGAUGCUAUUUCCACUGGUCGUGUUCUUGUAGCUAUUAUUAAAUAUUGUUAUGCAGCAAGACAAUGGGAACAAAUGAAUGAACAUAUUACAACAUUAUCAAAACGUCGAAGUCAAUUGAAACAAGCCAUUACAAAAAUGGUUCAAGAAGCAUAUGAACUAGUGGAAAAAACACCAGAUUUAGAUACAAAACUUAAAUUAAUUGAAACACUUCGAAAUGUUACUACGGGCAAAAUCUUUGUUGAAAAUGAACGUGCACGUUUAACAAAAAAAUUGGCUGAUAUUUAUGAAGGACAAGGUAAUACAAAGGAAGCAGCAGAAAUUUUACAAGAACUUCAAGUUGAAACUUAUGGAACUAUGGAUCGUCGUGAAAAACUUGAAUUUUUACUUGAACAAAUGCGUCUUUGUUUAGCUAAAAAUGAUUACAUUCGAACACAAAUUAUAUCGAAAAAAAUUAAUAUUAAAGCAUUCGAAGACGAAAGUUCACAUGAUUUAAAAUUAAAAUAUUAUGAAUUAAUGAUUCAAAUGGAUUUACAUGAUAAAAAUUAUUUUGAUGUUUGUCAACAUUAUAAACAUUAUUAUGAAACACCACGUAUAAAACAAGAUCCAGAAAAAAUGAAACAAGCAUUAAAACAUGUUGUACUCUAUUUAACUUUAUCACCAUAUAACAAUGAACAAUCAGAUUUUUUACAUCGUUUAUUUCUUGAUAAAAAUCUUGAAGAAAUUCCUAAAUACAAAGAUUUAUUACAACGUUUUAAAACUCAAGAACUUAUUCAUUGGAAAGAUGUAUUAAAAAAUUUUGAAAAUGAUCUUAAAAAUGGUACAAAAGAUGAUUUAGCAACAAAUGUUUUUGCUAAAAAUGAUGAUGGAAAUAAACGUUGGGAAGAUUUUAAAAUUCGUGUUGUUGAACAUAAUAUGCGCAUUAUGGCUAAAUAUUAUACACGUGUUCAUACACAAAAAAUGGCUGAAUUACUUGAUUUAACUAAAGAUGAAGCCGAACAAUUCUUAUCAAAUCUUGUUUCAAAUAAAACUAUUAAUGCUAAGAUUGAUCGUCUUCAAGAUAUCGUUACAUUUCAACAAAAGAAAUCUCCACAAGAAAUUCUUAAUGAAUGGUCGGUUAAUCUUAAUUCUUUGAUGACAAUUAUUAAUAAAACAUGUCAUUUAAUUAACAAAGAAGAAACUGUUCAUGCCGUACGAACUUAA